AAAAAUUUAAUGAAAAUUGAAUAAAUUAAUAAGAAAAGUUCAAUGAUUAUCAAAUCUGAACCGUUCUUCCAUGUAAAUUGAUUGAUAAUUCAGUUGACGAAACAAUUUCAGCCAAAAAAAAAUUAAUAAAUUAUUUCCGCAACAACAACAACAAUUGAUUGGACAAACAAAAAUCAAAAAUGUCAUUAUCACCAGCAACAGCAGCUGCAUUAUCACAAGCUGGAAAAAAACCACAUUCAUGUACAGAAUGUCGUAAAUCUUUUUCAUCCGUUCAUCAAUUGGCCCAACAUGCACGACUACAUACGGGCGAACGUCCAUACGGAUGUACAUAUUGCGAAAGGAAGUUCAAACAAUUGAGUCAUCUUCAGCAACACACCCGCCUACAUACCGGUGAAAGACCGUUUAAAUGUGAUUGUGGAAGAUCAUUCAUUCAACAAUCGAAUCUAACCCAACAUAUGAAAACACAUGAGGAUUCAUCAUCAGCAUCCAGUAAAGAUGUUGAUAAGAAUUUUUUCUGUCCACAUUGUGGAAAAGGUUUUAAAGGACAUAAUUCAUUAUUACACCAUCAGACCAAGAAACAUGCUGACCUGAUGAAUCCUACGCAAAUCGUAGAAAAACAAUUAGGAAUAACCGUUGGUGUAAAUCAGCAAAUGAUUCCAAAUCAACAGCAGCCACAACAACAACAGCAACAUCAAUUAUUAUCCCAGCCAAUAACUCAAAGUAUCCUAACAUAUACGUGCCAACUUUGUAAUAAAAUUUAUUUGGAUGAAUCGUCUUUCAAAAAACAUUUUGAAAUUAAUCAUCAACAUCGUCAACAACAAGAAUCAUUAUCAUCUUCAUCAUCAUCAUCAUCAUCGACAAUAUCGAAUAUAACCAAUUCAUCAGCUAUGGCAUUAGCUACCACACCAGCGAUGACAACAGCAAUUACAUUAUGGCCAUGCAGUAUAUGUUCGAUCGUUUUUGCUAAUGAAUAUAGUCUUUUAUCACAUUUUGAGCAAAUGAGAUUCGAUCCUAAACACCAGAAAGAUACUCAACAAAUUGUAUUGCAAACGUUAAAACAGCAGCAUCAACAAACUAAUCUUCAACACCAUCAGCAACAACAAGGGCAAAAAGUUAAAGAAGAAAAUUUCGGUGAGGAAAUCGCUUUGAAUCUUAACGAUAUUCUUGUGACAAGUUUGAUUACGAACGGAAUAGAACUUGAAACUCCGGCAACAACAACGACAACUGCUGUGAUUGCAGCACCUGCAAGUAAUCAAAUUGUAUCUGCCAAUAUGAUCGCACAGAAUAUGUUAGAUAAUCUAAGUCAACCAACAAAUAGGCAGACAGGAAACGGUACUACAACUCAUCAUCAGCAACAACAACGAUUUCAUAAUGGUUCAACACUAAAGGCUGUCAAAUCGUCCGUACCAAAAGCAACAACCGUUACAACAGUACAGACUUCAUCAUUAUCGAAUAAUUCGAAUACUAAUAAUAAUUCUACUUAUUGGGCAUGAAACAAAAAUGAUACAAUUUCAAUCCAAUUUGAUUAAAAUAAUCAAAUCUAACCAGAUUACAUCAUUAGUGAAUGUCCAAUAAUGAUUUGGAUCAAUCGAUUAUAUAAUAUAACUAAUAUAUUAUUUCAAAUUAAUAACCUGGCUCUUGUCUCCCAAUUUUAUUACAAUCUCUAAUUUCCAAUGAUUCUCAAUACUUUUUUUUUUGUUCGUUUUUUUUGUCUUUUUUUUUGUCUUGUAAAUUCUAAAUCCAUUUAUAUAUGGUCUCGAACGCCAAAGAGCAAUCACACAUACAGUAUACAGGAAUAAAAACACUGAUCAUCA